GACACCAGCGCCGGGCACUUAAAAGGAUGCAUCGCUUCAGUUAGCGGUACACUUGUACUUCAAAGCGCUAUGAAGCCAAGUGUGGGAUUGCAGUGGCGUGUGCAGUGCUGAGGAGUCUCGUUUCGCAUGUCGGGGGUGUCAGAAGGGUUCGGUGUGUAUGCACGCGCUGAGACAACAUGUCAUUCCAGUCUUAUAAUGCAUAUCCUUGAUAAUAUAACAAGAAUGAUUGCGUGACAUGAGAGAAAACACAGCGGAAGAAAUCGCUGAAUGGGUCCAUCGCAAAACUUCUGUCCCCUGAGAGUGGCCUGCACAUUGUUCUGUUAUCGUGUUACUUGACAUUUGAAAUAGUAGGGACACCAUGGCUCUCCGGCGAGCGGUCGCCUCUUUCCUGCCCAAACUCGCGGGCGCUGCCGAGACGCUUCCGGCCGCGAGCCAUGCAGCCAGCUCGUUUUCCCAGCUGAUUUGCACUCCUCUGGAUGUGGUGGAGCGCCAGCAGCAGCCCUCGGGCUUCCGAUCUUUCGCCUCGGAUGCCGUGGAGGUCUUCAAGCCCGAGACGGGGCUGACCCCGACGAACCGGCUCUCGAUGGCCCCCACUCCCUACAUCAAAUACGAUGAGCACAACCACAAGCGCUUCCCGCCGGGCACGGAGGGCCGCCCGUUCGCUUACUUCGUUCAAACCGGUGGCCGCUUCCUGUACGCGUCGGCCGCGCGUCUGGCGGUGCUGAAGAUUGUGAUGUCGCUGUCGGCUGCUGCCGAUACCAUGGCGCUGAGUUCGCUGGAGGUGGACCUGUCGGGCGUGGAGGAGGGCACGACGAUUACCGUCAAGUGGCGCGGCAAGCCCGUGUUCAUCCGCCACCGCACGGACGCUGAGAUUGCGCAGUCCGCGGAGGUUGCGCUGUCGGAGCUGCGCGACCCCCAGAAGGACGUGGACCGUGCCAUCAACCCCAAGUACCUGGUCGUCGUGGGCAUUUGCACCCACCUCGGCUGCGUGCCCAUCUCGGGCGCGGGCAACUACCAGGGCUGGUUCUGCCCGUGCCACGGCAGCCACUACGACAUCUCGGGCCGCAUUAGGGAGGGCCCCGCCCCAUACAACCUGGAGGUGCCGGAGUACCGCUUCACUGAGGGCCAGAAGGUGGUGAUCGGCUAAAGCUGCUGCGUACUGGCGAGGAGCUGGCGCUACUGGCUGAAGCAGCAGGAAUGCUGCAGAGCAGUGCGGGCCGUAGCUAUGGACUGAGCGGGAGCCGGUGCAGGCCCACCUGUGGCCGCUGCGGCGAUCAGUAGCGUGUGCAGCUAAGCCGUCGCACACGGUUGCGGCGCAGGCAUCUACAGAGUGCAGCCGCAGACGAAGUGACAAACGUCGGAAGUUGGGUCACGUGUGCGAUUGUGUGGGGGAAGUGAUGGCAUUAGGUGGGCUAUGAGCUUAACACCCUGGACCUGGGAAGCGUUUAGGUAGGCAGGAGCCAAUGCGUAGGAGAGCAUGAGCGGCGGUGGUGUCACGUUUGUUCGAGUGGCCAGGUACGAGCUUAUGCAAUUGCGGCACAGGAGCUGGGCUAGCGUGAAUGAUAUGUGACCUAGAUAGACCAACGACGAAGCUUCCGGAGAUUAGAUGACAGACAAGUACUGUAAUCCUCAG